CUCAUAAACACGAUUGGUCCGCAAGAAUUCUAAGCGUGCGUCUGCCAGUUGACCUGGGAAUUCCUCUUCAAAAUGUCUGCCUUUCCCCCUCACCGACUCGGUGCAUCUGUGCCAAUCAAUCAAGAAAUCGCUCUCAAGUUUCUCAGCAAGUACCUCGAAGCUGCAAAAACUUCACCCCACCUCCUCCCAAACGCAAAACUCGAUCCUUCAGGUCCGACAGCCGGCUCAAGCAGCUCUAGCGUCACAAUACAUAAUCUACAAAGAGUCGAAGCUGGUUUACGAGGAGAAUGGCUUGCGCCUACGCUGGAUUUGGAGGAAAGUGUGCCUGUGGCAGAGGGCAUGGAUGACGGUGUUAAUCAGGGUCAAGGUGCACAGGAAGAAGAAGAAGGCUGGAUGGACUUGGAUGAUUAUCAGAGGGAACAGAGUAUCGACGGUGGGGAUAUUGAGGACGGGCCUCAUGUGGUGGUUAGGAAUGGAGAGGAUUCGGAUCUCGAGGUCGAUCGUGCAGUAGUAAAUGAGGUUGAAGGAGAAGAUGAGGAGGAUGCCCCUGUGGUAAAGACUCCAAAGAAGAAGAAAAAUAAGAAGACAAAUGGUGUUGCGAAGCCCGAGAAACCACUCGACAAAGCUGCGAGAAACAAGGCGAAGAAACAGAGAUUGAAGGAGGAACAGAAAUUACGGGCACAGAGCAAGCAGAAGGCAGCGACUUGAGCAGCACAAAUCACCUCCAGACAACACGACCGGGUAUGAGCGCAUUGCUAUUGUAUUGUCUAUUAUCUACAAUUCUCUACCGCUAGCUUGCGCGACCUUCUCAUCCUUCCCGUCCGAGACUGGCUUCGAAUCACCAUACCAGCCCAAGGCACCAAGUCUCUCAGACAAGAUAGGAUGUGAGAAGUGGUAGCUUGCAUACAUCCAAUCGGCCUCCAUUGUGCUCAGAUUCUGAAUCUGAAGCUUGAUCAGAGAGCGAGCCAAUUCUGUCUUGUAUCCCAAGUUCAACGCGAAUUCGUCGGCUUGGAAUUCGUAUCUUCGACUGAGGAUAUUCAUCAACAAUUUAAUUACUGUAUCCAUAGGUGCAAGAGCAUCGGAGAAGAGAAUGAAUCCAAUUAUGAUUGGGAAUUCUUUGUGGAAGCCGAAGGACUCGUACAAGGAUCUGUUGUUGAUGAAUACAGAGAAGAGUGCAAAGAUAUAAAAGAAGUGGGCCU